UCAUUACACGUCACAUUUUUUAUUAUUAUUUUUCAAUUACUAAACCUUCAAGUGUCGUGCUUUUUUCAUUUACAUCCACAUUCAAUUUGUCAAAGUUGAUUGAUCUAUAUUUCAUAAAGAAAAAAAUUUGUGCAUUUUCUUAUGAUGUCUCAACCAAACGAUCGAAAACAAGCUGAGCAAGCCACUCAGGCCAAAGGCAGUGAAAAAAGUGAAAGCUCUGGCUCUAGUUCUAUUGAUGAAACUUAUGAUUUUUACACUAAAUUCGCCAUUGGAAUUGACCCAAACAAUCUUGGUUUUGUAUCAGAAUGCCUAUCGGAUUGGCUUAUGGGUAAUCGAUAUGAGCUUUGUUCGCUCCUUGAAGAGACAGCUAAAGACUUCCUUGAAGAUGAGGAUUCGGACGUUGCUUUUUAUCCUCUCCUUUACAAUGAUGAUCCUAUUAAAUUGCAACGCAUAGAUUUCGAAAAAUUGCCAAAUUAUUUUAAAGCGGUGGGUACCGCUGCAGCGCUGGUGGCGACGCGAGGCACAAUAUUCCAUAAAUUCAUGGCUAAAAUGUCAGAAGAGGGCCGAAAACUUGUACAUGAGGUAACUUCAAAACUGGUCAUUUCUUGGAAUGAUAGAAACAAUCGUAUUUUGUUCACGGCUAAUCUUGCUAUGCUUUUGAUACCCGAAGUUUGGUGUAUGUCUAUGCAGCAUGAUACAGAAGAUAUCAAUGCCAACAUACCAUCUCCUUUCCAUUGUAUUGCUGUAUCAUCCCUGAUUCCAUCCGAGUUCCAUUACCUAGGUGAAUGUGCUCGAUUGGCUUCGUUCAAUAUUAUUUUCAAAGUUAUGGGACAGAAAGAAAAGCGUCAGGCAAUGAGACAUGCCAUUAAUUACGUAUCGUCUAGUAUGUUUAGUAAUUACAUUUUGGAAACAAGACGAUGGAAUUUCUGGCGAAAAUUGAAAGCUAUGCAGACUGAGGACAAUUGGAAAGUAUUCGUCCAGCAGAUUGAAGCUUGCUGUAAAGAGUUUGCCACUAUACGGGAAAGUAUGAAAAUGGAUUUAAUUCCACCAGUAGAUAUCUACGAAGAAUUUGAACGUGGUUUUGCCACCUUGUAAACACAGCAUCGAAAAUUUAUCGAAUAUUUAAUCAAUAUUUCAAUUCAUAUCAUAUAUAUCCACAUCAUCAUAUCAUUCAUUUUUAUAAUCGAUAAUUCAAUGAUUAACAAUUGUAUUAAUUGAAUAAUAAUUCACACAUAUAUGUUUAAUCUAUACAUUCUGAAAUAAAUAAACUUUAUUUUGUUUUUGGAUUAA